AUGAGCGGGUCUUUAGGCCGAGUGUCUGCAGCUCUGCUCCACCUGGGGCGCGGGGUCCUCCUGCGGGGCCCGGCACGGCGGACUUGGAGCCAGACGACCGAAAGGAGCUCGAGCUCCGGUGGCUCGGGCUCGGGCUCCACGGAAUAUCUCGACAAGCUCGUGAAGAAGGACAAGGUGGUGGUGUUCCUGAAGGGUACUCCCGAGCAUCCUCAGUGCGGCUUCAGUAACGCCGUGGUGCAGAUCUUGCGGCUGCACGGCCUCACGAACUACGCGGCCUACAACGUGCUGGAGGAUCCCGCCCUCCGUCAAGGCAUUAAAGACUAUUCCAACUGGCCAACCAUCCCUCAAGUGUAUCUUAAUGGUGAAUUUGUUGGUGGUUGUGACAUCCUCCUUCAGAUGCAUCAGAAUGGAGAUCUAGUAGAAGAACUGAAAAAGCUGGGAAUUCGCUCUGCACUUUUAGAUGCAAAGAAAGAUCAAGACUCAAAGUAAAAAUCCCUGCAAGAAUCCUCUCUAAGAAAAGUGCUCUGUGGCUAGAAAUGGAAUCUUUUUAGUGUCAAAGACUGAUUACCAGAACAGCCUUACUGGUUUUUGUUCUCAUUUUUGUUAGGAAGGCAAGUCUUUGUACUGACACUAAACAGUAUUGAAGUGAUUUUAGUUUCUGUCUGGUGUUUUAGGCUAACGAUAUUCUAUUGUGAAUUUAAUUAUAACUACUGUACUGUAAUAAUUGCAUUAUUAUGUUGACACAGAUGUGAAAAAAAUCAUUCUUUUAUCAUCUUAUACUCUUUGCCUAAUGCAAGAGUAAACCAAAAGAUUUUGAGUUAUACUAGUUAUUGUUAUCAUUUUAUCAUUGACUCUGAUGUUUUGUGUGUCACUAUAAAAUCCAAAGGAAACAUUAUAUGUAGCACCUUUAAGGAAAAUGAUGGACAAGGUAAACAGUAAUUAUUGUUGGGUUUUUAAAGAAAUAAAAGAAAUUGCCAACAUGUAAAAAGUCCUUAUGGUGAAGUUUCACAACAUUUAUUUGUUGUGUAGUAUACUUUGAUCUUAAUAGUAAGUGGACCAUUCUUGAUGUCCAUGUUGAAUGAACUAUGGCUUUUAAAUAGAACUACCUUUUGAAAAUAUUGCUAAUGUGCAUAACAUUUAAUAUUUUCAUUGAUGUUAAAUAAUAUCUGACUUUUGUGUAGGGCCUUAAACAAAGCAUGCUUUUAUAUACUUUAUCAUAUUUGCUCUUCACAACAACCUUUUGGGAUUUAGGUAUCAUAAGUAUACAUUAGGCCCUUAUUACAGGUAAGGAAACAGACUCAGGAAUUGUGACUUGCCUGUGGUCACACAGCUAGUAUCAUAGGAUUCAGACUAGGAGACUGAUUCUAUAUGCAGUGUUAUUUUCAUUAUACUACACAACUAUUCAAUAUUUUCUUUUUUUUUUUAAAUGUAGCAGUGUUUGUGAUUAGUGACUUCUCUCUUGGGACAAAUCAAAAUCUUAUUGUUGGUGUUUAUAAGUGUUGGAAAUAUGGAGUAUUUUUAGCCAUUUCUUCAGGGUUAAACAUGGGAUUAGACCGAACAGCAUAAAAUCCAUGAUCAAGGUUUAUUAGAUUAGUCAAAGACUCAUUCAUAUAUUUGCAAAUGAAUUUGCAAUUUGAAAAUAAAAUUCAUUUUUAAUGUAAUUGAGGAAAAAUAUUUGAAUUGAGAAAAUUUGUAAUGGAACUGAGAAGAAACCAUACAGUUUAUUGUUUUGUUUUAAAUAAUUUCCCACAAAGCACUUAACCUUUUAGUACUCUAGGCAGCUCUCAAAACCUUAAACUGCAGAAAAUGUAUCACUCCCCUUGAUUUGGUGUAUCCUUAUGCCAAGCUCUUAUCCCAAACCCCCAAGUCCAUUGUCACUUUAUAUAUUAUGUCAGCUCAGGGAUACAGAAAAGGGCUGUUAUAAAAACAGAAGGGGUUUUAUCUCAUUGGUUCAGAAGUUGAACAUUCCUAAUUUGGAAAGUUCAGGGUAUAGAAGAUUCUAGAAAGGGUAAAAGAGCAGAGGCCAGAAGAAGGGUUAUAUAGUGAAUAGAAAAGGCUCAUAUCAAAUUAAAACUAACCCAGAGAACUGGACUGCUAUAGCUUACUCUUCUCAGUUUGUUGGGAAUUGCUGUGUGGAAAGUGAGAGAAGCCCACCUUCUUGACUUCUGGGCUUCAGUUAAAUAGAAAGCACUUCACUAAAAAAAAAAGUUCUUUGAAUUAUUAUAUAUUACAUUGCAAUGAGAGUGUGUCUGUUCUAAGGUAGAGCAUUUCACCUUAUAACUUCAGUAGUUUCUGCAGCGAAUUCCUCAGUAUAUUUUAUGUUAAAAAGUAUGGAAGAAACUUUUGGGGCAUGAAUUAAAGAGAUGCGAGUUCAAGGCCAACCUCUAUAAUUAAAUAGCCCCCUGACUUUGGGCAAAUCCCUCCCUGGGAGACCCAAGUUUCCCUUUUAAAAGGAAUGCUUUAGAUGUGUGGGGAACCUUUAGAAUUACUGAAGAGAGUUGCUGGAGAAAGUGCUUGCUUUGGGUGGCUGGAAAGAGAGGUGAGGCAUAUAAAAAAAUGUCCUCAGGGGCUGGGAAGAGGGAACUGAGCAACUUCCCUAAGGUCCCCAUCAGACCUAAUAUUUUAUAGUUCUUUGGGAGAAGGUUGCCCAAAAGAAAAGUUUUUUGCAUUUUAAUGAGGUUGCAUCAAUGAACUAGGGAAAUGUAAAAAAUUCAAGAAUAACAAAAUUGCAAAAAAAAGCAAAAAUUUAAUAUGUAGAUUCCUCAUGUCCUUUUGUAAGCCAUUUAAAACGUGUAAAGCACCAAAGUAGAAAAUAGUUUAGAUGUUAUCUAAUGUUAGCCUGAAUAAAUUGAGUUCUGCAUGAUUACAGUUCAUUGGGAUAAUUAAAACACUGGCAUAUACAAACAAUAUUAUCACAUAAUAAUCCAAAGUAAAAGGCAUUUUCUCUGUUUCACAAGUUUAAUAUAGUUCUUUAAUCUAAUGAUGGCAAAAACACAUCAUAGCUUCACAUUACAGUAUUGUAAUUUGGAGGGAUUUUAGAAGUAGAUGUGAGGAGAGGAAAAAUGAGGUUUAAGGAAUUUAUGAUUAAAUCUUUCCCUUUUCCCUACAACAUAUUUGAGUAAACAAAAACACAUAAUUAAACAUCUGUUUUCUUUUUUUCAUCCUAUAAUUGCUUUCUUUGUAUCUAAUAUAUUGGCAUUUCAUAUUUUCAGAAAUGUCUUAGAGCAGAAGAUAACUUUAAAGGAAUCUUUAAGGGUUUUAUUUUAUUGGCAAUUUGUAUUGGAAAUUUGUUAACAAUUAAUAUCUUUGUAAGCAAUUUUUGAGUGAUACUAAUAGGUAGUAUAGGGUAGCAGGAAGCACUUCAAUCUGGGAGUUGUUAGAUGGCCUUGGGCCAGUGACUUUACCUCUCUGAGCUUUGUUUUUUUCACUUGCAAAAUGGAGUUGAACUGUAUGCUCUCAAGUUUUCUUUCUUCCCCUGAAUUCUAUGAAAUUUGUAUAAAAUUUAUGAAACCAAA